AUGGACCGUAAGUUGCUUUAUGAAUUGAACCACAACUUGAACUAUAAGUUGAACCGUAAGUUGAUUUAUGAAUUGAAUCACAAGUUGAACUAUAAGUUGAACCGUAAGUUGCUUUAUGAAUUGAACUACAACUUGAACCGUAAGUUGAUCUACGAGUUGAACGACAACUUGAACUAUCCAAGACGAACUAUACAAGUUGAACUAAAAAAUGUCAAGUUCCGAAUCGAAUUUAGUCAACGAUACGUCUACAGCCGAGUUUGUAGAACAGACGCGGGUCAGUUGAACGACAACUUGAACUCUAAGUUGAACCGUAAGUUGAUCUACGAGUUGAACGACAAGUCGAACUAUAAGUUGAACUAUAAGUUGAUCUAUGAGCUGAACCACAAGUUGAACAAUACUUUAAGUCGUGAGUUGAUUUAUGAGUUGAACGACAACUUGAACUCUAAGUUGAACCGUAAGUUGAUCUACGAGUUGAACGACAAGUCGAACUAUAAGUUGAACUAUAAGUUGAUCUAUGAGCUGAACCACAAGUUGAACAAUACUUUAAGUCUUGACAACUUGAACUCUAAGUUGAACCAUAAGUUGAUUUAUGAGUUGAACCACAAGUUGAACUAUAAGUUGAUCUAUGAGUUGAACAACAAGUCGAACUAUAAGUUGAACCGUAAGUUAAUCUAUGAGUUGAAGCAUAAGCUGAACUAUAAGUUGAACAAUAAGUUAAACCGUGAGUUGAUUUAUGAGUUGAACGACAACUUGAAUUGUAAGUUGAUCAAUGAGUUGAACCACAAGUUGAACUAUAAGUUGAACCGUAAGUUGAUCUACGAAUUGAACCACUACGAUGUGAUCUCUAAGUAG